AUCUGAGAAUUAGGUCACCAAACUAACACAGUACCCACGGCCAAGCUCAGAGUGUGUCCCCGCCGUGUUUAUGAUGAUAUAACUUUCACCGAGGCGCGACCCGGGCACAAGAUAGACAGCCGAGGAGAGAGAUGUCCGGUGUUUCCAGCAUCUGCAGCCGUUAGACCGGUCCGCCUGUCUGCCUCCCACCGCUGGGGUUCGGAGACCCGCAAGCCCAACAGCGUUAACGCUAGCUCCUGUAGUCCCGGCCAGGCUGGGGCUGAAUGGUUAGCCGGGGGAAGGAGACACACCACCGGACAGAAGGUACCCGCGGAGACCCAGGAAAUCACUCCUCGCCUCGGCAGACUGGUAUCAACACAGCGCACAUUUCAGUAGUUGCAAAAUACAUAAUUGAAAGACUCUAGCAUGUGAAACCAGCCCCCCAAGACAUGUAAGCCUCAACCCUUCUGUCCAAGAUCUUGGUGACCCUGAGUAGAAGUUAACAGAGUUUGGUCUGACGAUGUCGAGCCGCCGGAAAUCGACCACACCUUGCAUGGUGCUGCCUUCUGAUGUGGUGGAGCAGGAAGAGGUGGAGAAGAUAACCGAAAGGGCAACGGAGGAAGAUACAGAGGAGGAAGAGACAGAGGAGGAGGAGAAGGGGAAAGAGGGAGCAGAGGAGGGUCCGACAGCAGAAGAGCUGAGUCAGGCAGUAGUGGUUGUUCCCACUCCUCCCACUACAGAGGAGCCCAGUGUCUCUACUGUAGAAGACAGUGAAGCCCUCGCUCCCUCACUGAAGCGCAGCGCUACAGAUCCUCCUGAGGAUCCCAGCAGCGAGCAGCAGGCACAGGAACAACAGUGCGAGACACCCGAGGAGGGAGGGGCAGACCCCGCCACGGUCGCCGCCAUUUCCCUCAGCAAGACCCCCAUCAUGAGGAUGAAAAGCAAAUCUGAACCCAAGAGGAUCUCUGUGUCCCUGAAAUGUACAGAAGAGGCGUUGGAGGGUUUCAGGGGGGGCGAGGGGGAUGUGAGGGGAGGAGACCAGGAGCCCAUUGAAGCCCCCCUGGGCCCGAUGACGCCUGUGGAGAUGCUGCUGCACGACUCCAUGAAGCUCGGGGGGGGCGGCUUGCUGGUCAGCCCGUACUCUGAGCAGCAGAGGAAAUCAGCGGCUUUCAACCCUGCAGCCCUGCCUGCAGGCCUGGCACAGGUGCUUUCUGCCUUCCAGGCCCAACAGAGUGCAGCAGCAGCAGCUCAGCCUCAGCUGCUCAUCCCACUCAGCAGCAUCCCCUCCUACAGUGCAGCUAUGGACACCAACCCCCUGCUGGGCAGCACGUACAAGAGGUUUCCGUACCCCUCCAUGUCCGAGAUCAGCCGCCUGGCAGCGCAGACACAGUUCACUGAGGAGCAGAUCAAGGUUUGGUUCUCAGCCCAGCGGCUGAAGCAUGGUGUGAGCUGGACCCCAGAGGAAGUGGAGGAGGCCAGGAGGAAGCAGUUUAAUGGCACGGUGCACACGGUGCCGCAGACCAUCACUGUGAUACCUGCUCACCAGCUCUCAGCAGCUGCCAACGGCCUGCAGUCCAUCUUACAGACCUGCCAGAUAGUGGGCCAGCAUGGCCUGGUGUUCACACAGGUGGGCCCAGGGGGGCACCUUCCAGUGACCAGUCCCAUAACUCUGACGGUGGCAGGGCUGCCCAGUCAGUCCCAGAGCUCCAGCAGGGUUUCCUGCCAGCCCACCCUGACAAACAGUGAGCUGAAACGGGCUACCACUGUCCAGCCUCCCUCUCUCUCUCCGCAGGAGAACUCGGCCCUCAGUGCAGACACAUUCAAUUUGCGUCCCAAGAAGUCCAAAGAGCAGCUGGCCGAGCUGAAAGCCAGCUACCUGAAGAACCACUUCGUCACAGAUGCGGAAAUCACCCGACUGAUGAAGCUUACCAAUCUCACAAAGGGAGAGAUCAAGAAGUGGUUCAGCGACACCAGGUACAACCAGCGCAACUCCAAGAACAGCAAUGUCAUUGUUUUCCAUGAUGGAGGCAGAGGGAGCGGCAGCUGUAGCAGUGCCAGCACCACCAUCGUUAUCGACUCAAGCGACGAGACCACCCCCACAUCCCCCCACCCUCCGAGAACUCCGCCUGUGAAGGAGAAGGAGACACGGCCAAAAACUUGGAACCCAUUCCCGGAUUUUACCCUACAGAAAUUUAAGGAGAAAACUCCUGAGCAGUUGGUGGUGCUGGAGGAAAGUUUUGAGAAAAGCAGCGCCCCAUCAGAUGAUGAACAGAGUCGCCUGAGGACAGAGACUAAACUGACCCGGAGGGAGAUUGAUGCCUGGUUCACAGAGAGAAGAAAAAUACCAUCUGUUAGCACUUCCUCCCCGUCUUCUUCAGAGGGAGGAAAGAUGGAGGCUGGAGAAGGAGGAGCAGGAGCCAGUUCUUCUUCUCCUUCUGCCUCCUCGUCCCGUAGAGGUAGUCAAACUCCUCCCGGCGGCCGCAGUAAGCAGCUGCCCACCAGCAGCAACAGAGACAUGAAAGAUAAGAAUAAAAAGACUCCAGAGCAGCUCCACAUUCUGAAAAGUGCCUUUGUUCGGACCCAGUGGCCCAGCCCAGAGGAGUACGAGCAGCUGGCAGAGGAGAGCGGCCUCCCUCGCUCCUACAUCGUCAGCUGGUUCGGAGACUCUCGAUACUCGUGGAAGAACAGCAACCUGAAAUGGUUCUUCCAGUACCAAAGUGGCAACAUUGAAGGACCGAACGGUGGAGGAAGCAAUAAAAUGGGAUGCGGCAGCAGCACCGGUCGGAAGAGACGCGGCAGAAACCGUGGUUGGGGGCGGUCCAGAACCAGGAAGCAGCCGAGAAGGUCCGCCUCCUCCAGUACAGAUGUCGACAGAUGUCUCCCCACCAAGAAGGUCAAGAGUGGGCGGGAGAUUCUGAAGGAGUACUACAUGAGGCACCGCUUCCUCAAUGAGCAAGAUCUGGAUGAGCUCGUCGGCAAAACCAACAUGAGCUACGAACAGGUGAGGGAGUGGUUCGCCGAGGUUCAGCGGCGCUUGGAGACGGGGGAGGAUCCCUUCCUGGAGGCGGCUGCAGGGAGCACCGGAGGAGACGCAGCCAGAGAGGAGGGGGGGGUGCAGGGGGAUGCGUCAACAGCCGGCGAGGAGCCAGCCGGCACAGGGGGGGGAGAUGAGGAUCAGGACGAAGGAGAUGAGGAGGAUGACGGGGACGAUACGGACGACAGUGAGGUCUGGGAGCCGUCCCGCAGCGUCAGGAAGUCUUUGUCAGUCUCUGAAGACUGAAACAUUCCAGAAUUUCCCGAGAGAAAUAGCGGCUAAUGCUGGAAGAACACUCAGCUAAAGUCUUUUUGCCACUGAUUGGCAUUUGUACUCAUCUGCAGCAUGAAUUCACUGUAUUCUCAAACUACUUCUGACAUCAUGUCCACAUCAGACAAACAGGUGGAAUAUUAGCUUUAGCUCUCUCCCUGAAUCUUACCUAUUAUAAGUGAUGUGUAACAUUUUAAGAAUCUUGGUAAAUAAGGAGUUUUAGCAAACCCUGGUGCACCAAACUCUGAUGAAGCCUAUAAAGCAAUAUUUUGUCAAAAGGAAUACAAUGAAGUGCAAUCUUCAAGCUUAAAAUGAAAUCAAAAAAAGGAUAUCCAGACACAUCUUUACAUUGCAAUCAUGAAUACUGUUGUAAAUGAGGGAUUUAAAUGUUGCCCCUCGUUAAAUGAUUGACUGCUUAAAUGGAGAUAAAUGUACUAAAUUAGGCUGCUGUGGCCUAAAUUCUAACUUAAAUCUACUGAUAUAUGAAUGUCCCAGAAUCAUUUGUGUGUUUACAAAAGUGCUUUAAAGCGUAUCACAGCUAGAUGUCAGUGCUAAGCAAUGUCCCGAAUGAAACUAGCAUACGUCUAUUUGUGGAACCGGUUGAUUUGACUUCUAACGGCACCUUUUUUCCUAGCACCUGUGUAGUCCAAUGCAAGGGCCGGAUAUGAUUCAGCAGGUUGUUGGAGCCGACAUGGAUUGAUGAUGACACUGAAAGUCAGAAACGAUAAGACACAAAGUACCGUAGUGCUGAAUGAAUGCCAAUGCCACGGUGCUUUUAAACACAGGGUGUCUACCCAAGUCUUCCCUUUAUAGCAGCUUCUUUUUUCAUUAGUGUUAUAGAUUUUGAACAGAACACAUAGAAAUCUGAUGGAAAAAAUGUAUGUGUUUAGUAUGUACUGUUAAUAAUGUCACCUUUUUAUAGAACACUUCCUGUGCUAUUAUGACCUUUUUAAAGGGGGAUUCAGACAGUAUGAGGCUGUUGUCUCAGCGUUGAAUGUGUGUUCUUCUGAGCAGUGAGCUACAAUUUACAGUCUGAGGCACCAUGUGUGAACUAAAUCUGAGGCAGUCCACUGAAAUGAUAAUAGAAUUAUUUCUCCGCAGUGUUUUCCCUUGACUCUAGUUGGGUUUGGGAUGGGUUGAAUGGAUAUACUACAUUGUAAGAUGUGGGGGAUGCAUUGCAGAGUUUAACCCAUGCAAAUGUUAAACCACAAGUUGCCACCACACAAUGUUUUUAGGUCAGGGCGUUUCUGCUCGUAUAAAAAACAAGGCCAGUGAAUCAUUUUUGGGUCUUGACCUUGACUUUUAAGAAAAACUGUUAAACAGUAUUUCAAAUAUUGAAUUGACCCUAGUCUGCAUAAAAGAGACAAACGUGAAGCACCUAAACUAAACUUUCAAAGAAAAAUGCACUUUGUCCACUUGUGUAUAUAGUGGACUGAAUCCUUAUUUGACACCUUAUCUCUUAUUAAACCAUAAAAUGGCUCUGAGAGACCAAAUCUGUUUUGUAUGACUAAAAUCUAAACCAGUAUUUUGCCUUCUUUUCUUAAUCCUCGUCUGUUUUCAGUAGGGGUAUAAAUGUAUCCACGUUUUAAUGAUAUGUGUUAAAUGUUUGGAUGUUUAUAUGGCUCAAAAACUAGUUGAACAAUCACCCAUUGCUUUCUUUUGCUAAAUUGCACAAUUUGAGCCUGAAUUUUUUUUUGCCUUUUUUCCUUCUGCAAAUGCACACGUGUUAUAUGUGUCAUCAUGUAUGUAUUGUUGCUUUAAAACAUGGGGAUUCCCUCCCAUCUCUCCCUCUGAUUCUUAACCCCUCUCCUCUAUUCCUCUUUUGUGAAAUGAAUGCUCCUGAUGUGCUCUUCCCAAGACAUACUUCUGUGAAUUUGGUGUCCUGUUUACUCUCUCCGCGUUAAAUGUCCAUAAGAAAGGCAGACAGAGCCUUACGGACAACUCUUCAAAAGACUGAAACUGUUCAGAAAACAGACAUUCUUGGAAAAUUCACUUUUUUUUGUGGAAGGAAUUGUAACGCCUGAAGAAACAGCACAGCAUUGCCUUUGCGGCGGGAAAGUCAACCAAAUAAUGCUCCUCUUUCAAACUCUUCUCACACGCUUAACCGUAUGACAUGACGGGACAUUAACAGUCAACCUGAGUUCUUCACAAAAGAGGAGAGACUGAUUCAGCUUUGCAGAUAAACCUAUAUGUGCCUACAUGGCUCGUACGCUUGUUUGAACAGAACUUCCCCAACUCUCGACCGAAGAUGAGGAUUUGUGAAUGCUUUGGAAAUCACACACUGUUGGGUGAUUCCUAAAGAAUGCUUGUUCAAACUAAGCUGUGAUGCAUGACCGAGCUCUGCUUUCUGCUAAAAGAUGCCUAAAAAACUGAAGUUCAAAUUUGAAACUUCUGUUGUAAGUACUUAAACGGAUACCUUGGCAAUUGAAUUGUUUUUUCCCCACCAGGCACUAUUACACUACAAUUAAAUGAUUAACUUUUAAAGCAGUUUUGUCUGCUAGCCGCAAGCUACUUUUUUUUAAAUUGAAUGGCGAGUGAAGGAGAGUUGAAUCCUCAAAGCAUUUUGUUGUAAUGUGACAAGUGCCCUUGAACAAAAGGAAAUUCAAAAUAUCAAGGUAUAGCUUUUGUCUAAUAAUGCAUGCAAUAACCAAGACAACUGCUCAUUUUGUACAUACAGUGUUUUGGGUUGGUGUACUUGGCACAGUAGGCCUACAAGCCUAAUCUGGGAUACUUUUUUGUUUACCUUCUAAAAAUACCAGUCACUUUUCAUUUAUGGACCUGUUUCUUGUUUUUGUUUAUUUCCCAACUCAUGGACCCAUUUCAGUCCUUAGCUCGGAACUAUGUUAUCACCAAAAUUGCAGUCAUUGCACGGCAGCCAUUUUGUGCCCUUUCUAUAGAGUUCUGGUAUUUCACAUGCUAAUUUGUACACAAGUUACAAACUGGCUGUCUUGUUUAAGUCCACAGGUUAGGCUUAAUCCUGCCCCCGGUAUCCAGCCCACAGUCUUUUACAGUAUGCUUUGUCUUUACUAUAGUCGCUCUGUUUUAAAUGGUUUUAUAUGUUUCUAUCUAUGAAUACCGUGUCUUUACAACUCUUUCCAGACAGCAGUGGAUAGACAAUAGAGUAGUGUUUUUGAAAUAGUCAGUUUUAGAGUUCAGCCAGUGUUUCCCCGAGUUGCUUUGAGGUUCUUAUGUUGCCAAUAAUAUAAAGUCAAAACUCAAGAGAAAAGACAUACAAUUAGUUAAAGGAAUAGUCUAAAAAAAAGUUUUUACAUGUUAAUUAUGUGUCUGAAUAUGAGGAACUUGGAGCUGUUUUGGAAAGUUAUAUUACAGAUCCGCAGAUAAAGCUCAGUCCACACUAUUACUGUUAGCAUGAAACUAUUGGUUGCAAAGGAAUGCUUCCAACUCAAAAAAUGUAAGACAGUUGAAUCAUUUUUUUGGGGGGGGCCAAGAUAUAAAUGUAAUAGUUUUCUAAAUUCACCACAGAUGUUUAUUUGUAAAAUACAUAUUUGUUGGCGUUUAACCUUUAAAAAAAAUGUCCCUGCCAUUAAAACACUCCUACCACACAAAAGAGGCAAUAACGUCAUAGAGAAUGAUGACAGACAUUAAAAGCUUUAUUAACAAAUCGCAAACAGAAGUUUGUUAAAUAAGAAAAAUAAUUUGGUAUUAUGGUCUUUGGUGAAAAAACUCAUGUCACAGUGAUGUCUUUAGGGGGAUUCAGAUUUUCCGAUGGUAUAGCAGUAAACUCGCACUUGAAAUUGUAGGUUUGAAAAAGUUGAUAUAUAGAGGGUCAUACAAAUACACCAAUCUGUUGCUUUCAGCUUGAUUUUUGUCUAGUGUUUUUUUUGGUAUUUAAAAAAAAACAUGUCGUCCCAUGAGUCCCCCAACUUUCUGUUUUCGAGGUACUAAAUCGUGGAGUGCCCCUUUAAUGGUUUCCUGGCCGGCUUUUAGACAGAAGGUAAUAACACAACCAGCCUGUCUGAUCAAUCUGUAUUCAAUAUGAAUCAUGUUCUCAAAUAGUUGUUCCUGGAUGAUGAGGUGCCAAGUCUGCUCCCUGAGUUUUGAUUUUAUUUCUAACAUGUAUUGCAGUUAACUUUUUGCACUAGAGCUAACAUUGUGAUCUGAGUAGUUUACCUGAUGUCCUGUUGUGCAUAUGUCAUAUCUGUGUCCUUUACUCCUGCUAUACUCCUCACUCGUUGUCUGUAUUUAGACAGGUAGUCGCUUGAAUGUUUCUUACAGCAAUCAGAGAUUCAAAGGUUUUUACAGCAUUGACAUUUACAGUGGAACUUUGACCUUCUGGUUUUUCAGAUCUGAUUAUCUGUUGAUAGCUUUUACCCAAAAAGUAUUGCUUCAAUUGCUUUUUAUUUUUGUCUCAAUAGAACUUGUUUACUUCUGGACCCGUUUUACCGAAUCAUGACAGAGAUCUCUCAGCUUCUGUAUUAGGUUACAGUCCGUAGACACAGAUAUAAUACAAUGAUCAAACUGUAUACUCCAAAUAAAUGUGUUAAUGUUCCUUUAAUCACCCCUUAUUUAAAGAUGUCACUCCUUUAACAAACAUUUGGUCCCCUAGAGGUAGGUUUUAAUGAUUGCAGAAAUGUCGCUGUUGCUGACCUAAAACAACUCUACAGUUUAAAUGUGUGUUAUUCUGUGUCUAUGAUACUGAUAUUUCCAUCUACAUUAAGUUAUUCCUACCCUGCCUGAACUGUAUUUCAGAACGGUGUUAAACCCUGAGAGUAUCCGUCAUAAACUUUGAUUAAAAACUGUAUCUUUG